AUGGCCUUCUCGGAGGAGGGCAGCUGGAGCGUGUCCUUCGCCGGCGCUGGCUUCCUGGGUCUCUACCAUGUGGGGGUGUCCCACUGCCUGCUCCAGCGCGCCCCGCGCCUCCUCCAGGGCGCCCGCCGCAUCUACGGCUCCUCGUCUGGGGCACUCAACGCCAUCAGCAUCAUCAGCGGCAAGUCGCUCGACUACUGCUGCUCCAACCUCCUGGGCAUGGUGAAGCAGGUGGAGGGGCUGAGCCUGGGCAUCCUGCACCCAGCCUACAUGCCCAUCGAGCACAUCAAACAUCAACUUCAAGACUCUCUGCCCGACGACAUUCACAUCCUGGCCUCCCAGAGGCUGGGCAUCUCGAUGACCCACUGGCCUGAUGGCCGCAAUGUCAUAGUCACUGACUUUGCCACUCGCGAUGAGCUCAUCCAGGUCUUGCUCUGCACCUUAUAUUUUCCUUUCUACUGUGGAACGAUUCCCCCUGAGUUCAGAGGGGAGCGCUACAUCGACGGGGCUCUGAGCAACAACUUGCCGUUUGCGGACUGCCCCUCCACCAUCACUGUGUCACCUUUCCAUGGGACAGUAGACAUCUGCCCCCAGAGCACCUCACCCAGCCUGCAUGAGCUGAAUGCCUUCAAUGCCAGCUUCCAAAUCUCCACCAUGAACUUCUUCCUGGGGUUCAUUUCCCUCAUACCCCCCAGUCCUGAGUUGGUGGCUGACAAGUGCAGACAAGGCUACCUGGAUGCCCUGCGGUUCCUGGAGAGACGUGGACUCACCAAGGAACCAGUGCUGUGGACAUUUGUGUAUAAGGAGCCCCCGGCCCCAGUGGAUGGGACCCAAGAUGUGGGCCGUGACCACGGCCAGAAGGCGGGUCUGUCACUCAACUGGAAAGUGCCCAACGUGCAGGUCAAGGAUGUGCCGGACUUUGAGCAGCUAUCGCCAGAGCUGGAGGCUGCACUGAAGAAAGCUUGUAUGAGGGACCCCAGCCCCUGGGCCCGCUUUUGGCGCUCAGGGCCAGGACAGGUGCUGACAUACCUGCUGCUACCCUGCACACUGCCCUUUGAGUAUAUCUACUUCCGGAGCAGACGGCUGGCGGAGUGGCUGCCCGACAUGCCCACGGACCUGUGCUGGAUGCAGGGCCUGCUGUGGACUGUGACCCACGAGUUCUACUCCAGGACGAAGGCACAGCUACUUGAGCUGGUCAGCCCGCCUGUCACCAGCACCCUGGACACAGGCACCCUACAGCCUGGGGCAGCUACUCAUAGCACCCCAUUGUGA